AUGUUCAGGGCAACAACAUUACUGAGACGAACUUUUGCAUCGUCAGCGUCAUCAUCCGUUAAUGCAACAACAACAACAACAACAACAACAAAAGCGAAUGGUAGCCGGAUAUACGUAUACUUGGGUGGUGCCGUCGCUAUCGUCGGCGGGUCGUAUCUUGGAUACAAAGCCUGGCAAUGGCACUUGACCAAUGACAAACGAUUGAGCCCGGAUCGGUAUGUGGCCUUGGAACUGAUUGAUAAGCAGCAACUGACUUCUGACGCAUACCGACUACGACUCGCCACUGAAGCACAACCCGACCACGAAUUCCCAAUAUUGUCAUGUCUAUACAUUAAAGACGACAACAUUCAGGUCAUGCGCGCCUAUACGCCGAUUAACGAUCCUUACAAAGACGGCCACGUCGAUCUUGUGGUAAAACGCUAUGCGCAUGGAUCCAUUUCCAAAAUGCUUGCAAGGACGCAGUUGCAUGAAUCCGUAUUUGUUCGUGGUCCCAUGGAAGAAUAUCCGUAUCAACCCAACUCCUUGAAGUCUGAAAUCGGCAUGAUUGCAGGUGGCACUGGCAUUACUCCCAUGUAUCAACUGAUUAAACGCGUAUUAAAUAAUCCGGACGACAAGACUGAACGGUUAUGGCUGAUUUACUGUAACAAGACUGAAAAAGACAUUUUGCUAAAGAAGGAAUUGGAUGAACUCAAGGAGAACCACAAGGAUCGACUACAUAUCUUAUACGUGUUGGACCAUCCACCUCAGGAUUGGCAAGGCGGUCGUGGCUAUGUCUCGCAGGAUAUGAUUCGUAGUAUGCUCACCCAAAAAGAAAACAGUUUUGUGUUUGUAUGUGGGCCGGAUGCCAUGCUGGCUCAUGUCUCUGGUCAACGUGCUCGCGAUUUUUCGCAGGGUUCAGUACGAGGACUACUGGGCCAGAUGGGCUUUGCAUCCAAUCAAGUCUGGAAACUUGAAUAA